GUGGAUUCUUAACCACUACGCCACCAGGGAAGUCCCUAGGGUGCUGUGGUUUAUAAAAUGGUACACAUGUUUGCAGAGGGCUUAGAACCGUGCCUGUUACAGGUGGGUGCUCAGUAAACGUAAGCCAUGAUGGCAUUGACUUUAGGAGGAAGCCAAGAGCUCUCCUGCCUUUCUCCCUGUCACCUGCAGAGGCUGGCAGACUGUAAGAGGCAGAGACCCGGAGCUGGGCAGACCCGAGCACUGCUUCCCCAGGCAUGGGUGCCUCCGUGUCAGUACCUCCACAGCCAUCCAGGGCCCUGCCUGACACUGCCUGCCCGGGCCCACAGGGCAGUAGCAAAUCAAGGGUGGGGGUGUUGGAUGGGAGGAGUAGGCGCUGGACAUGCAGCCCAGCCCCGAUUCCUCAGACGCAUCAUCUUCCACCUUUUGUCCAGGGCUCCCACCCUCUCUCAGAGGCCCUCAGCUAGCAGAAGUAUCUCUCCUGUCAGCCCCAGGCAGGUGUCCCAUGGCCGUGACUCAGACCUCCCUGUGGCUGCCAGGGCCCAGGAGAGUACUUGAUGGCAGGACACAGGUGUCCCUGGGAAUUCUGGAGGCGUUGCCCCCCUGAAGCAUACCAGGCUUCCUGCCCCUCCCGCACUGUUAGGGGGAGGUGAGGGCGCAGGUGCUCCCAGCCGCCUGUGCGGAAGGGGCGGCAGGGGUUAGGUGAGCUGGCAGAGGAAGCGGAGCCUGUGUUCAGACCAGGUCAAGGGAGGAUGGGUGAGCAAGGGUGGUCGCCAAGGCUCCUGCAGGAGGAGCUCUGGGUAGCUUAGUGUCUGGAAUUCUCAGCGUUUGGGCUUCGAGCAUUGGCCCCCAGGUCAAGGUACAGUUCAUGGGCUUCCUCAGCAGCAGAGCUGGAAGGGUUUUCUGACAUCAUCCAGCAUUUUCACACAUGGAGUGUCCGUAUGUGCCUCUUCAGAAAGGUAAGACCAGAAAAGUUCUUACUGUCAGCCCCUCAGAGCAAGAGCACACACACACCCAGAGGCAGAGGCGCUCUCUCGGCUCUCGUGGCUUCCCACACAAAGUCCCCCUGGUGGCUUCUCUCCCUGUGCAGCUGCCUCUCCAGUUUUUGGGGGGCCUUAGUUCCCCGGGGCCUUCAAUCCCCAAGGCAGACGUCAGAUCCUCUCCAUUUCUAGUGCCACUGUCAGCCUGACUGCAAGUCAGGGGGUCGUAUCAGGACUGAAUUUCUCUUCAGAGAGCCUCGUUUUCUUACCAUGGCUUGGUUGGUGCCAUGUUCCAGGAGGGGACACCUAAGCCUAACCUGUGUUGGUGGCAAAACAAAGGCCUAAGGAGAGGAAAAGCCUUGCCCUCAACCCCUCAGCCUGUCUAGGUCAGCUCCAGGCUUCCACCUUCCUUUGUCUUUUCUUUUCCAUCAGCUUCAGGCGAGGGACUUGAAGCCCUUUGGGCUAGAGCUUGGUGGAUCAUGGUGCCUGGACAGGGGAUCCCAGAUGGGGAGCUGGCAGCCCCUCCUACCCAGCACUCCUGGGGCCGCACAGGGAACAGUGAUGAGUGCAGGCUCCCUGCUGGAUCCUCUGGCACCCCCAGGCACCCCGUUUAUGGAGCUCAGAGGCCACAGACGCCCCCCCCCCCAAUGCCUCCCAAGUGUCCCUUCUCUGCUCAAAGGGCAGCGGCUGUGACGGGGCUCCCGGGCACAGGGUGCGCCGUGGCCUGGCCCAGCUCCUCAUGCCCCCGGUCUCCACCCGACAGCCACCCGCCUGCCCCUGCCAUGGAGACCUUCUUUAGGAGACACUUCCAGCGGAAGGCGCCAGGCCCUGGAGAGGGGCAGAGGCGGCCCGGCGGCGUGGGGCUGCCCACAGGCAAGGCCCGGCGCCGCUCGCCUGCAGGGCAGGCCUCCUCCUCGCUGGUCCAGCGGCGCCGCUCCAGCGCACAGCUCCAGGGCUGCCUCCUGGGCUGUGGGGUGGGGGCCCCGCACUCCAGCCGCCGGCGCUCCAGCACCGCGCCCCCCGCCUGCAACCCCCGCUUCACCGUGGAUGAGGUGCCUGCCCUGCAGCCUGCCACUGUUGGGGCCCUGCGUCUGGGCGCACCCCUGCUCUUGGCCGGGCUCUUGGGCAUGGAUGAGGAGGAGGGGGUCCAGGAGGAGGAUGUGACAGUUGCGUCGUUGGCGGCCACCCAGCCAGGCACCAAGAGACCGGGGCCAUCCCCGCAUCGGGGAGCCCUGCCCGUGCUGCUCAUUCCCCGCUGGCGCCGGCGCCGGGCCUCCUCCCACCUGCUGCCCGCUGACGUGGUGAAAGACCGCGCCCUCUGGGGCCUGCACGGUUACUACCGGCCCCUCAGCCCGCAGCGGCCCUCAGGCCAGCACCUCAGCCUGGGGGGCCGAAGAGCCUCGGGCACCGCAGCUGGCCCCAGGAUGCCUGCCUGCGUGCGCCCGCUGUCCCGCAGACGCCAGGUAGCCCUGCGGCGCAAGUCAGCCGGACCCCAGACCUGGAGUGCCCUGCUUGCGAAAGCCAUCACCAAGUCAGGCCUCCAGCACCUGGCACCCCCUCCUCCAGCUCCCGGGGCCCCGCGCAGUGAGCCUGAGCGGCAGAUCCGGAGCACUGUGGACUGGAGCGAGUCAGCGACGUAUGGGGAGCACAUCUGGUUUGAGACCAACGUGUCCGGGGACUUCUGCUAUGUUGGAGAGCAGUACUGUGUAGCCAAGAUGCUGCAGAAAUCAGUGUCACGGAGGAAGUGUGCAGCGUGCAAGAUUGUGGUGCACACCCCCUGCAUUGAACAGCUAGAGAAGAUAAAUUUCCGCUGCAAGCCAUCCUUCCGUGAAUCAGGCUCCAGGAACGUCCGUGAGCCAACCUUUGUGCGGCACCACUGGGUACACAGGCGACGCCAGGAUGGCAAGUGUCGGCACUGUGGGAAGGGCUUCCAGCAGAAGUUCACCUUCCACAGCAAGGAGAUCGUGGCCAUCAGCUGCUCCUGGUGCAAGCAAGCAUACCACAGCAAGGUGUCCUGCUUCAUGCUGCAGCAGAUCGAGGAGCCGUGCUCCCUGGGGGUCCACGCCGCCGUGGUCAUCCCACCCACCUGGAUCCUCCGUGCCCGCAGGCCCCAGAAUACCCUCAAGGCAAGCAAGAAGAAAAAGAGGGCAUCCUUCAAGAGGAAAUCUAGCAAGAAAGGGCCUGAGGAGGGCCGCUGGAGACCCUUCAUCAUCAGGCCCACCCCGUCCCCCCUCAUGAAGCCCCUGCUGGUGUUCGUGAACCCCAAGAGUGGGGGCAACCAGGGCGCCAAGAUCAUCCAGUCCUUCCUCUGGUAUCUCAACCCCCGGCAAGUCUUUGACCUGAGCCAGGGAGGGCCCAAGGAGGCGCUGGAGAUGUACCGCCGGGUGCACAACCUGCGGAUCCUGGCCUGUGGGGGCGAUGGCACGGUCGGCUGGAUCCUCUCCACCCUGGACCAGCUGCGCUUAAAACCACCGCCACCCGUCGCCAUCCUGCCCCUGGGCACCGGCAACGACUUGGCCCGCACCCUCAACUGGGGUGGGGGCUACACCGAUGAGCCCGUGUCCAAGAUCCUCUCCCACGUAGAGGAGGGCAACGUGGUGCAGCUGGACCGCUGGGACCUCCGUGCUGAGCCCAACCCCGAGGCGGGGCCUGAGGAGCGAGAUGAGGGGGCCACCGACCGGCUGCCGCUGGAUGUCUUCAACAACUACUUCAGCCUGGGCUUUGAUGCCCACGUCACCCUGGAGUUUCACGAGUCUCGAGAGGCCAACCCAGAGAAAUUCAACAGCCGCUUUCGGAAUAAGAUGUUCUACGCCGGGACAGCCUUCUCCGACUUCCUGAUGGGCAGCUCCAAGGACUUGGCCAAGCACAUCCGCGUGGUGUGUGACGGGACUGACCUGACCCCCAAGAUUCAGGACCUGAAACCCCAGUGCAUUGUUUUCCUGAACAUCCCCAGGUACUGUGCGGGCACCAUGCCCUGGGGCCACCCUGGGGAGCACCAUGACUUUGAGCCCCAGCGGCAUGAUGAUGGCUACCUCGAGGUUAUUGGCUUUACCAUGACAUCCCUGGCAGCACUGCAGGUGGGCGGGCACGGCGAGCGGCUGACACAGUGCCGAGAGGUGCUGCUCACCACGUCUAAGGCCAUCCCAGUGCAGGUGGAUGGUGAGCCCUGCAAGCUUGCAGCCUCAUGCAUCCGCAUCUCCCUGCGCAACCAGGCCACCAUGGUGCAGAAGGCCAAGCGGCGGAGCGCCGCCCCCCUGCACAGCGACCAGCAGCCAGUGCCGGAGCAGCUGCGGAUCCAGGUGAGCAGGGUCAGCAUGCACGACUACGAGGCCUUGCACUAUGACAAGGAGCAGCUCAAAGAGGCCUCCGUGCCGUUGGGCACCGUGGUGGUCCCGGGAGACAGCGACCUGGAGCUGUGCCGCGCCCACAUCGAGAGGCUCAGGCAGGAGCCCGAAGGUGCUGGAGCCAAGUCUCCGACGUGCCAGAAACUCUCCCCCAAGUGGUGCUUCCUGGAUGCCACCACUGCCAGCCGCUUCUACAGAAUCGACAGGGCGCAGGAACACCUCAACUACGUGACCGAGAUCGCACAGGAUGAGAUUUAUAUCCUGGACCCUGAGCUGCUGGGGGCGUCUGCCCGACCCGACCUCCCAACCCCCUCUUCCCCUCUCCCCACCUCGCCCUGCUCACCCAGGCCCCGGUCACUGCCGGGGGAUGCUGCACCCCCUACAGGUGAAGAGCUGAUCGAGGCUGCCAAGAGGAACGAUUUCUGUAAGCUCCAGGAGCUGCACCGAGCCGGGGGUGACCUCAUGCACCGGGACGAGCGGGGCCGCACGCUCCUGCACCACGCCGUCAGCACCGGCAGCAAGGAAGUGGUCCGCUACCUACUGGACCACGCCCCCACAGAGAUCCUUGAUGCUGUGGAGGAAAACCAGCCCCUGUUCCCCCAGCGGGGAGACCUGUCUGCACCAGGCCGCAGCCCUGGGCCAGCGUACCAUCUGCCACUACAUCGUGGAGGCCGGGGCCUCUCUCAUGAAGACAGACCAGCAGGGCGACACUCCCCGGCAGCGGGCUGAGAGGGCUCAGGACACGGAACUGGCCGCGUACCUGGAGAACCGGCAGCACUACCAGAUGAUCCAGCGGGAGGACCAGGAGACGGCUGUGUGAGGCCGCUGCGCAGCAGGGCGACGGGCCACCAGAGGACCAGCCCCUCCUCGCCCACCUCACUGCCACAUUCCAGGCGGAGGGCCACAGAGGGACCCGGGACCCAGGGAAGGAGCCCUGUGCUGCUCCCUGUGGAGCUGCCCAGACCUAGGGCUGGACUCUGAGGAGCUGGGGGCCAGGGGCUGGGGUGGGGUCUCACCCGGCCCCCUGAGGCCACAGCCUAACCCAGAGGCUCACAGGGGACCAGGAGACUGGACUGGGCUGGGCAGACCAUUGGGGGGGGCUGGGGGGGCCCUCACCUUCCCUGCAGUGGGUGCCCUGGAGUUGAGGGCCCACAGCCCGGAGGGCAGAGGGCCUUGAGGCCCUGUGAGGGAGCCCCCAGGAAGACGCUUCCUAAGCCUCCGGGUCCUUGAGGACCCUCACUCUGAGGCUCCUGGGAGCUUGGGCCCCUCUCCCGCCCGGACACCCCCCCCACCCCCGCCCCCAGGGCUUCUUCCCGAAUACACGGAGCCUGCUGCAUCUGCCUGCCCGCUGCCCUGCUUAGCACCUACCCGGUGACCCUCCUCCCAAACCCAGUCAUUUCACCUCCGACUGUGUGGCCUGGGGGGUGGGGGUGGGGGUGGGGGCUUUCACGGUGACAUGUUUACAGCUGGGUGUGACUCAGUAAAGUGGAUUUUUUUUCCUUUC